UUGGAUACACGGUAGACAAAACAUCCGAUAAAAGUUCGAAGAACAAUAUCAUAGUUUAAAAUGUAGCUUUCAAAAUACUGUCUUAAAUUAUGUCUUGUACUUGGGUUGAAAGAGAAAGCUAUGGUCCUGUUCCCGCUCCUCGACAAGGUCAUGCUAUAACGCUGGUAGGCAAAAGUGCAUACAUCUUUGGUGGAAGUAGCGGCAGUGGUUAUGGAGAACAUGAAGUAUCAAGUGCUGAUCCAGUUUACUUAAAUGAUCUUUUCCAUCUUAAAGUUAGUCUUCAGGUCACAUGGGAAAGAAUGAGACAGUUGGGUGAUAUCCCAUGUGGAAGAGAUGGACACACACUAAGCUCUGUUGGUUCUGUCUUGUAUCUUCUUGGAGGAUCGAAUUACCCAGAAGCCCAGGAGUGUCUUGAAGGGCUGUAUGCAUAUGAUAUUGGAACCCUUUCUUGGGAACUGUGCCCUACACAGGGAUCCCAACCAAAGGCCUUGGGUCACACUACAGCRGCGGUUGGCGAUACAUUGUACAUAUUUGGAGGCAUCUAUCAUGGUGAAGCAAAGAACUCUCUACACAUGCUUAACACUGGUAAUUUAACAUGGACACUUCUCAAAACAUCUGGUCAAUCCCCAUCACCAAGAUGCGACCACGACUGCACAGUGAUUGGAGAGAAAUUCUACAUUUGGGGGGGUAGUGGUGGGGAAGCUAUUUGGUACAAUGACUUUUAUUGCUUUGACACAGUUACUCUAGUUUGGUACUACAUCAACGCUCAAGGUCACUUGCCUCACCCAAGAAGUCUACACACUAUUUGUGCACAUCAUGAUAAGGAUAUUUAUUUAUUUGGAGGAGCAAAUGACUCACUUUCUUGUAAAGUACGUUCGCCAUUUGGUGACACGUUUAAAUUUAGCUUGUCAAAAAUGAAGUGGAAGAAGCUUCACUGUGAAGGGACAGGACCUGACCGACGUCUUGGCCAUACAGCAUGUAUUGUAUAUGGACAGAUGCUUGUAUUUGGUGGAAUGAAUGAUGAAAAGGACUACAAUGAUUUAGCAAUACUACAAACACGAGCUGCUGCUAAACAACUUCCUCCUCCAGUAACAGAUAGCUUACUAGAUGCUUCGACUUCAUCAUUUGCAAGUACCUCAAGUUCCUCUGAACCGCUUACUAGCUAUGAUACGAAUAUACCAAUCCCUGCCAAAUACAAGACAAUCAUGAACUCGCUAAAUAUGCCUGCAAAAGCUCCCAAUUUUGACAACGUUAAAGCAACCUUUAUAGCAAGAAUUGAUGAAAUAUUUGCAGACUUGUCUUCCAAGUACGAAGAGCUAGAGACGCAAAAAGCAGCGUUGCGAACAUCGGUGGAGAGUUUUCACGAAGAACGAGAAGCGAAUAUUKUACAGUACGAGCAACAGCAAAAGGAGCUACAGGAAAUGUUAAUCAGGCACAAAGAAGAGAACGAGGAAUGGAUUCAACAAAGAAAGCGAGAAUUGGAUGAAGAACGUAGAGACCURCAGCAAGAAAAGGAAAAACUCAAAGAAGAACGAGAAAAACUUAUAAAGGAGCAAAAUGAUAUCAAGUAUAGUUGAGUCUGCAGGUAGAUAGAUAUUAAUAAAUCUAUUCUUUCUUGUAAGAGUAAAAGCGAGUGGAGUUUGCC